AUGGCUAUGGACUUCUUCCAACACCAAGUCGUGCUGCUUACAGGAGCGACGGGAGGGCUCGGAGGCUGCCUCUUGUACAAGCUCGCCGUCGUCCUUCGAGUGCCCAAGGUCUACGUGGUGAUUCGGAAGACACCCGAAAAGGCCAUCGAGACAUGGGCCACGACCAUGCCGAAUCACAUCAACGAGAUCCUCCAGACAGGCAGCAUCCACUUCGUGAAUGGCGACAUGACCGCCCCGAGGUACGGGCUAGCGGACCAAGACGUGCGGGCCAUGGAGUCCGACGUCACCAUCGUGGUCAACGCCGCCGCCAACAUCAGCUUGAAGCUCCCGCUGCGCCAGCUCGUCCAGGAAAAUUGCCUCUCGGCCCUUGAGCUCGGCGAGCUGGCAACGGGGUUCACCAAGCUCGUCAGCUACGUACAGGUCUCGAGCGCCUACGCCUUGAGCGAUCUCCCCGACGGCCCCAUGGAGGAACGGAUAUACACCAUCGGCGAUGCGAACCAGCUCUUGAACGACAUCCUCUCGGGGACAACCAACAGCUCGGCCGGGUUUGCUUGGCCGUACGCCAGGUCCAAACGGCUCAUGGAGUGCCUGAUGGACCAGAGGCUGUCCGGGCGACUCCCGCUGCUCAUAGUCCGCCCGACCGGCAUUGCGCCCGCCAUCAAAGAACCCUUCGAGCUGUACCUGCCAAACGCCUCUUGCCCCCUCAACACCUUCUACUCCCGAAUGAUGUAUCCCACCGGCGGCUCCGCGCUCUUCCACGCCCCGGAGGGAUUCCUCACGGGAAAGAACAUCGUCGACGAGAUCCCCGUCGACCUAGUCUCCAACAUCAUCCUCCAACACGUCCGGCGACAGACCCGCGGCGUCGUCCACACGUCCUCCCAGGCCUACAUCCCCAGGACCUUCGACGACUACCUAGACGACCUGGAGCGCUACGUCCCCGACGACUGGAGGUCCCGGAUGGCGCGGCCCGCCUUCACCACCGACCGCUCCGCACGCCAGUGCCGCGUGGCCGAGUUCUACGUCAUCAAGUCGCGGAACUGGCUGGUGCGGACGGACCGGUCGCGGGACCUUGAGCUCGGGGGACCGAUCGGCCUGGGCAUCCGCGACCACGACAGCGAGGCCUACACGGAGAGGCGGGUGCGACGCAUCUUUGCCGAGACCAAGGAGUUGAUGGAGAUGAAGGAGAAGCGCGCCAGAGACCAGCAGUCGCAAACAAAACUGUGA